AUGGCCGCGAACACCCAAGACCGCGCAAUAUCCGGGCUAGUCGCCUCGUUCGGCGCGCUUGGAGCCCGCGCCCGUCCCCGGCAGAUCCGCGACUACGAGGUGUUGUUUGUGGACGAGCUGACUCGGAUCCGCGCGACGUAUCUGGCGCUGUGGGACAGCACCGUCCGGCCGGCCGACCCGCUCGUGCUCUACAACCAGGUCGACAAACGGAAGCGGCUCCUGGCCCAGCUGCACUCCAAAGACUUGCCGGCCCUGAAGCGCCAGGUGGUCUCGCUCUCGAAAGUGCUCGUCGGCCAGCUCGAUGGGAUCGUCACGCCGAUCUCCAAGAUCCAGCUCGUCCUCAAAGUCCUCGCCAACCUCGACACGACCAUGUCCAAGCUGAAAUUCGCCAUCGCUUGCAUCAGCCCAGACUUAGAGACAGGAGAAGUGAGACACGACAAGGACUUCGAGAAACUGAAGGCAUUUAUCUGUAGCCGGCUGGCUGCCAGAGUCUACGCGCUGACCGAAGACGUGUGCGAAUUGCUCCAAAUGUACCGUGAUCUGAUCCAAGAGGCUGGCCACGACUUCGGGCAUCUUCCCCAGAAGAAGACCCAGGUGCUGACGACAACGGAGAUGUGCGUGGAUUCAAUCGACGAGGCCCUCGCCUUCAUGGACAAGUCCGAGCUAAACCAUAUCCAGGACGAGUGGCGGGCAAGCAUUGACUUGCUGGACGAGACGCUCGAGGCGUUCGCCCGAUUCGCCAGCCAAGCCCCGUCCUGCUUCACCGAGCAGAGCCGACACUCGGCCAUCCUGCAAGCAAUGUCCCGCCCAGAAGACGACUCCGAAGAGCACCCCGACGCGGACCGCAGAACCGAGACCCUGAUCCUCCUCCAACCGCGGCCCGGCAUGCCGCAGGCCCAGAUGACAGCACUAGUGAUCGCAUCAGUCAAACUAUCACGCUUGUUGAUGGCCCAGCUGUUGAAGAUCUCCCGCGACACCAAUCACUUCCGCAUGGUCCCCGAUUCGACAACAAGAGAGCUCGAUGUCUUCGUCACCUUGACGACGAAGCUGGCCAUCAGCAUCAAAGACGUCGUCCUGGCUCUCUCAGAAGGUAUCGCCGAGGACCGGUUCGACGACCCCGUGUUUCUACGAGACUCAAUCGCUGCUGUUGUCUCGACCCCUGAAGUGAUCCUGGUCAUGAUGGACUCAUUUUUUGUCCCCUUGUUCGGUCAUGACUCGCCUAAGAUCUUCCACAAGUACUGGUUUUGUCAGUGGAACAAUCUUUACCGCCGGGCCAUCAAAGUCUACACCGAGUGUGUCGGAUCUCUUGUUGCUCGCAGGCCAUAA